AUGACAGCACUACUCUCGAGGACAAUGUCCUCUCGCAGCAAACACGACGACCAACACUCCGACUCAACAGCCGCUACACCAACAGAAGAACCUCAGCACGACAUAACCCAAAACAUCAGCAAUCUCGCCCGUCAACUCUCCCGCGUCUCAACAACAGCGGGCACAGAACUCCACGCCUUCUCACCUCAGCCCGGCACAAAGCUAGACCCCAACUCACCAACCUUUGAUCCAAGAGCUUGGGUAAAAGCUUUUGUGAGACUAGUCGAGUCAGACGCUGGAGCUGCGCCGUCAAGAAGUUUGGGCGUGGCGUUUAAGAACUUGAAUGUUUACGGCUGGGGCACUGGCGCGGAACAUCAGAAGACUAUUGUUGAUUAUCCUAUUGAUGUUGUCAAGUAUCUUGCUGGUUUGGUGGGUGGUGCAAAGAAGCGACGGGUUGAUAUUCUGAGGAAUUUCGAGGGUGUUGUUGAUGAAGGAGAGCUGUUGCUUGUUCUUGGACCACCAGGUUCAGGAUGCUCGACGCUGUUGAAGACUAUUGCUGGUGAGACAGCUGGUCUCGAAGUUGGACCUGACUCCUACAUGAACUUUCGAGGUAUCGAUGAAAAGAGUAUUCGUCGUUCAUUCCGCGGCGAUGUCCUCUACAACGCCGAAAUCGACUGCCAUCUUGCCCAUCUCACCGUCGGCGAGACCCUCUCCUUCGCCUCAUCCGCGCACUCACCGCGGCACGUCCCCGGCGGCGUAACCCGUUCUCAAGCCGACACCAUGAUGCGCGAUGUCAUGAUGGCCAUCUUCGGCAUCAGCCACACGGUCGAUACCCGUGUUGGCAGCGACUUUGUACGCGGUGUGAGCGGUGGUGAGCGGAAGCGCGUUAGUAUCGCCGAGGCUGCGCUCACGGGCGCAAAGUUGCAGUGCUGGGAUAAUACGACGAGAGGACUGGACAGUGGGAAUGCGAUUAAUUUUUGCAGGAAUUUGAGAUUGCAGGCUGAUCUGGUGGGUGUUGCUGCUGCGGUGGCGAUUUAUCAGGCGCCGCAGUCUGCGUACGAUUUAUUUGAUCGUGUUACGGUGCUGUACGAGGGCCAUCAGAUCUUCUUCGGCCGCAUCAACGAAGCGAAGCAAUACUUUGAGAACCUCGGCUUCGAGUGCCCCGAUCGUCAAACAACACCCGACUUCCUCACCUCGAUGACCAGCCCCCAAGAACGCCGUGUAAGGCCAGGCUUCGAAUCCUCCGCGCCUCGAACACCUCAAGAAUUCGCAUCCCGCUGGCAAUCCAGUCCCCAGCGCAAAGCCCUCCUCCACGAAAUCGCCGCCUACGAAGCAAACCACCCGCCCUCAUUACGUCUCGAAGAAUAUAAAUCCUCUCGCCGGGCAGAACAAUUCAAGAACCAGCGCGCCAAGUCUCCUUAUACCAUCUCGUACGCUGCGCAGGUUAAACUUACCCUUUGGAGAGGCUGGAGGCGGUUGUUGGCUGAUCCAGGGUUUACUAUCGCGUCGUUGAUAUUCAACCUCAUCAUGGCGCUUGUGUUGGGGACGAUGUUUUAUGAUUUGAAGGAUGAUAGUUCGAGUUUUUACUAUCGUGGUGGACUGAUCUUUUUUGCGCUGUUGUUUAAUGCUUUUGCGAGUCAGCUUGAGGUCCUCACUGUUUACGCCGAACGACCUGUUGUUGAGAAACAUAACCGCUAUGCGUUCUACCAUCAAUCUGCGCAGGCCAUCGCCAGUUACAUCAUCGACCUGCCCUACAAAACCGUCAACAUGAUCAUCUUCAAUUUGCUGAUCUACUUCAUGGCCCAUCUCCGCCGCGACGCAGGACAUUUCUUCUUCUUCUGCCUCACUUCGUACCUCACCACGCUCGUCAUGUCGUGUAUCUACCGUACCCUCGCAUGCGUCACCCGCACGACGCAUCAAGCAAUGAUUCCCGUGUCGAUUCUGAGUCUUGGACUUAUGAUUUACACGGGCUUUACUAUGCCGACGGAUUACAUGCUUGGAUGGUCGAGAUGGAUGAACUACAUCAAUCCUCUGGCUUAUGCCUUUGAGGCGUUGAUGGCGAGUGAGUUCCAUAAUCGAAAGUUUGCCUGUGCGGGUAUGGUUCCUCAGGGUCCAGGCUACGAUGACCUUCCCGCCGAUUCUCGCAUUUGCUCUGUUGUUGGUGCCGAGCCUGGAUCGUCUGUGGUCGAUGGCGAUAGGUAUAUCAACAUGUCCUUCAAGUACUACAACUCUAACAAAUGGCGAAACAUCGGUAUCCUUCUUGGCUUUCUCUUCGGUUUCCUCAUCCUGUACAUCAUCGCAGCUGAGCACGCAAAGCCUCCCAGGAACAAGGGCGAAGUUCUCGUCUUCCGCAAGGGUCGCAUGCCUUCCAACUUUGAGAAGGAUAAGGACGAUGUCGAGACUCAAGCUACAGAUCGACCUGUCGUCGCUGAGAAGGUUAACAACAACCCUUCCAGUGGACUUACGGCCGGUGCUUCUGUGUUUCACUGGGAAGAUCUCUGCUACGAUAUCCAGAUCAAGGGUAAGGACCGUCGAUUACUGGAUCACGUUGACGGAUGGGUCAAGCCCGGUAAAUCAACAGCUUUAAUGGGCGUGUCUGGCGCUGGCAAAACAACCCUUCUCGACGUCCUCGCAACCCGCGUAACAAUGGGCGUCGUCUCCGGAAACACCCACAUCGACGGCCUCGCAACCGACUCCUCCUUCCAACACCGCGUCGGCUACGUCCAACAGCAGGAUCUCCACCUUACAACAAUGACGGUCCGCGAAGCCCUAGAGUUCAGCGCGCUUCUCCGCCAAUCCGCCGAAAUCUCCCGCGCUGACAAACUCGCGUAUGUGGAGGACGUCAUCGACAUGCUGGAUAUGCAGGAGUUUUCAGAUGCUGUUAUCGGAACGCCUGGUGAGGGUUUGAACGUUGAGCAGAGGAAGAGAUUGACGAUUGGUGUUGAGUUGGCUGCUAGACCGCAGUUGUUGGUGUUUUUGGACGAGCCGACUAGUGGAUUGGACUCACAGACUAGUUGGGCGAUUUGCGAUCUCAUUGAGAAGCUUACGGCUAGUGGACAGGCGGUGUUAUGUACCAUUCAUCAGCCUUCUGCGAUGCUGUUCCAGAGAUUUGACCGCCUGUUGCUUCUCGCUCCUGGUGGAAAGACAGUUUACUUCGGCGACCUCGGCGAGCAAUCCCAAACCCUGCUCAAGUACUUCGAACGGAACGGCGCCCCGCCUUGUCCCGAAGACGCCAACCCCGCAGAGUACAUGCUCGAGAUCAUCAAACCCUCCAACGACGAAGAAGCCGAGAAGAUCAACUGGCACCAGAUCUGGAGAGACUCACCCGAGUUCCAAGAAGUCAAACAGGAACUUUCACGACUUAACUCUCUGCCUUCUACACGGGGAACAGCGAUGAGUGCUUUGGAAAACGGUGAUGCGUCGCAGCAUAAGGAGUUUGUGGCUUCGUUCUCGACGCAGUUCCGCGAGGUGUUGAUCAGGACUUGGAAGCAUUUCUGGAGAUCACCUACUUAUAUCUGGUCCAAGAUCGCACUGAUCGUCUUAUCGUCUCUUUACAUCGGAUUCACGUUUGAAGCCAAGAAUACUAUUCAAGGCUUGCAGAACCAGCUUUACGCUAUCUUCAUGUAUAUGGUUCUCUUCCAGAGUCUUAGCGACCAGAUCAUGCCCAUGUUUCUGCCUCAGCGCGAUCUAUACGAAGUCCGUGAGCGACCAUCCAAGAUCUACCGCUGGAACACAUACAUCUUGUCCAACAUCAUCGUCGAAGCAGCUUGGAACACCUUCAUGGCUGUCAUAAUCUACUUCACCUGGUACUACCCUGUCGGCUUCGUCCGCAACACAACUUCCGACGACCAAGCCAUCCGAGGCUUCCUUGUCUUCUUGUAUCUCUGGAUGUUCAUGCUCUUCACCAGUACCUUCUCUCACGCCGCCAUCGUUUGCAUCGCUACUGCUGAAGAGGCUGGUGUCAUUGCGACCUUGUUGUGGAUGCUUUCCAUUUCGUUCUGCGGUGUUGGUGUCGCUUACAAGGACAUCCCCAAGUUCUGGACCUUCAUGUAUCGUGUCUCACCAGCGACCUACAUCGUUGGCGGUAUCAUGUCAACUUGUGUCUGGGGCUCCAACGUCAAGUGCGCAGAUAACGAGAUUCUGCAAAUGGCUGUUCCUGGAAACAUGACCUGCGGCGACUACAUGGGUCCUUUCAUAAAGGAGGCUGUUGGUUACCUCCUUGAUCGCGCGUCUACUGAUGUCUGCAAGUAUUGCUCGCUUGCUACAACAGAGGAGUUCUUGCAUCGGUUCAACAUCGACUAUGAUGAUCGAUGGUGGCACUACGGACUUCUCUGGGUGUACAUCUUUGUUAACUGUGCUGCUGCUUUGGGCUUCUACUGGUUGUUCAGGGUGCCGAGAGGAAGUGGCGUGAAGAGGGCUUGA